CAGAAAAUGUAUUCCUUUUUUCCUGAUUUGUUGUUUGGCAAGUGAACAUAAUAUUACGUGGAUGCCGUCUCCGGUUCGAUAAAUUGAUUUAAUUCAGUUGCCAAAUAAAAUUUGUCUGUGAUAUAUUAAAAAAAAACAUAAAGCAAUGGAAUUUCCCUUGCAGUCCAUUAUUGCAAUAAUUCUUAUAGCAACUUUAUUUGUAGACCAUUCAAUUGCAACCAUAUCCCCAGGUGGUGGUAGAUCAAAAGCAAAUAAACAAUUCAAAGUCAAGCAAGGACCCCAAGAGGAUAAUGUCUUCGAUCGAAAUCUGGUAGAUGAAGAACCCGCAGCAAGGGAUAUAAUCAUCGAAAAUGCAGGCUAUCACAAAGAAACCUCGAUACGAAGGUUUAAUGGAACUGUUCUUGGUUAUGUUACAGCGUGGAACUCACAUGGCUAUGAUGUGGCAAAGAUUUUUGCCAAGAAGUUCGACAUAAUAUCACCAGUUUGGUUCCAAAUUGUAAAAACUAGUAAUGGAUAUGAAUUGGCGGGCAAACAUGACAUCGAUGCGGGUUGGAUAAAAGAUGUUCGAAAAGCUGGACGUUCUGGAAAGAAAAACUUGAAAUUUUAUCCUCGAGUUAUCUUUGAUAAAUUUACCGAGAAAGAUUACUCCAAAUUGUUGUCCAGUGCAAUCGAGAGACGUUUGGUCAAUGAGGUAAUUGUGAACACUUGUAUAGUCCACCAGUUCGAUGGGAUUGUCCUUGAAAUAUGGUCCCAGCUAGCUGCUCGUGUAGAUGACCAAUAUUUGUAUAAUCUUGUCAUUGAAUUAUCUAAAGAAUUCCAACAAGCUGGCUUAAAGCUCAUUUUGGUCAUUCCACCAAUGCGUGAAGAAAUGCACAAUCUAUUCGGUGAACGACACUUUGAACGCCUUUAUCCACAUGUGACUGCCUUUUCAUUGAUGACCUAUGACUUCUCCAAUGUUCAGCGACCAGGUGCCAAUGCUCCACUUCAUUGGAUAAAGACUUCGAUAGAAAAUAUUGUUCCCUCCACGGCUGAACACUUUCAAAUCAAACGAAAAAAGAUACUUAUGGGAUUGAAUAUGUAUGGAAAUGAUUAUACUCCCGAUGGUGGUGGUCCCAUUGUCGCCGGGCAAUUCCUUGACUUGGUGAAAAAUGUAAAAAAGCGGCUCACCUACGACGAACAUGAUGUUGAGAAUUUCUUUGAAAUUAAAAUUACUGAUGGCCGCCAUAUUGUGUUCUAUCCAACAUUGUUUUCAAUUAAUGAACGCAUAAAACUUGCACAAGAAAUGGGUGUUGGUAUAUCAAUUUGGGAACUUGGACAAGGAUUAGAUUAUUUCUACGAUUUAUUUUAAAUUAUUUUUCUUGAACAAAAAUACUUAAAGCUUUAUUUUUAACUUAGACAACAAACAAAAAAUGUUCAAAAGCAAUACAAAG